GCUCAAUGGCUUUGGUUGGUACAGCUUUGCCUGUGAUUUUGAAGCUCCUAAUUAUCUCCUUGCUACUUCUAUGCCUCAAUUUUAACUCUUCUCUCACUUUCACUCAAGCAAGCAAAUGGGAAUCAUGGGAAGAUAAAUACCCAUUCAUCAAACCAGCAAGCUCAUUCUCAUCAUCAUCAAAUAAUGCUUGGAGUAGUGACAACAACAAGGCUUAUUAUGACUACAUAAUAGUUGGAGGAGGCACAGCUGGCUGCCCUUUGGCAGCUACUUUGUCACGGAACUUCAGUGUGUUGUUGCUUGAAAGAGGAGGAGUCCCAUUUGCCAAUAUAAAUGUGUCAUUCAUGCAAAACUUCCAUAUCUCUUUGUCUGACACUUCACCAACUUCUGCUUCCCAAAUUUUUGUCUCAACUGAUGGAGUGUUUAAUGUAAGGGCGAAAGUCUUGGGUGGUGGCACUUGCGUCAAUGCCGGUUUCUACAGUCGUGCUAGCGAAAGCUAUAUCAAGAAAGCAGGUUGGGAUUCUAAACUGGUGAAUGAAUCAUAUCCCUGGAUUGAGAAGCAAAUUGUUCAUAGACCAAUCUUAGCACCAUGGCAAAGAGCAGUAAGGGACGGUCUUCUAGAAGUUGGUAUCUCACCUUUUAAUGGAUUCACGUACGAUCACGUAUAUGGAACCAAGUUUGGGGGAACCAUUUUCGACCGAUUUGGUCGUCGUAAAUCUGCAGCUGAACUACUCACCUCGUCCAACCCCGAGAAGCUUCAAGUUUUGGUGCACGCGACAGUUCAAAAGAUUGAGUUUGACACAUCAGGGAAGAAGCCAAGAGCAGUAGGAGUCAUCUUCAAGGACGAAAACGGGAACCAACACAAGGCAUUUCUUUCAAGCAGAAGGGGAAGUGAAAUUAUAGUGUCAUCUGGUGCAAUUGGAAGCCCUCAGAUUCUAUUGCUCAGUGGAAUAGGACCAAAGAGUGAGUUGGAAAAGUUGAACGUCUCGGUGGUGCUUGACAAUAAAUUCGUGGGUAAAGGCAUGUCGGAUAACCCCUUAAACACCAUCUUUGUUCCCACAAAUAGGCCUGUUGAGCAGUCACUGAUCCAGACUGUAGGAAUUACCAAGAUGGGAGUAUAUAUUGAAGCUAGUAGUGGAUAUGGACAAAAAGAAGACAGCAUUCAUUGCCAUCAUGGUAUCGCAUCAGCUGAGAUAGGGCAACUCUCCACCAUUCCUCCAAAGCAGAGAACACACGAAGCAAUUGAAGCGUACAAAAGAAACAAGAAAAAUGUUCCACAAGAAUUAUUCAGGGGAGGUUUCAUAUUAGAAAAGAUAGCAACCCCUUUAUCAACAGGGCAUAUUAGCCUGAAGAGCACCAAGAUUGAUGACGUUCCUUCCGUCACCUUCAACUACUUCAGCCAUCCACGCGAUCUGAAGAGAUGUGUGGAUGGCAUACGCAUUAUGGAGAAGAUUGUGAAAUCUAAACAUUUCACCAACUACACACAGUGCGAUAAGGAGACACUUGACAAGUUGCUAAACAUGAGUGUCCAAGCUAAUGUUAAUCUUAUACCGAAACAAACUAAUGACACAGAGUCACUUGAACAGUUCUGCAAAGACACUGUGAUCACAAUAUGGCACUACCACGGGGGUUGCCACGUAGGCAAAGUGGUAACCCCUGAUUACAAGGUUAUUAAUGUCCACAGGCUCCGUGUCAUUGAUGGUUCGACAUUCACUGAGUCGCCAGGCACCAAUCCUCAAGCCACAGUUAUGAUGAUGGGCAGGUACAUGGGAGUAAAGAUUUUAAAAGAAAGAUUAGGAAGAGCAGCUGGUUCGUAAAAGAGUCCUGUAGAUGGACUUCUUAGUUUCUUUUGAUGGGGGCAACUGAGUGGGAGUAGGUGGGCUUGAGUGUUUCUUGUUUUCACAUAAAUGUAAAUUUUGUCAUUUUAAUUCUUGGCAAGCAGUCAUGUGUAGUCUGUAGAGUUGGUCUCGCCAUAAAAAAAAAAGAUUAAUUAGGACAAAAAAACUUAUUCACACCUGGUGUUUACACCAAAAUAUAUAAGUUUAUCAUGGUUAAGUAGUAGAUCGAGGUGAUUAUGUAAGGCAAAUAACCAUGAUAGUGAUAAAAGUGCAUAUGUCAUUUGUUUAUUAAUUUUUUUUAAACAUGAGGUGUGAGUAAUUUCUUUAUGAUUAUUGUUAAAAGUGGAUAUGUCAUGUGCUUAUUAAUUUUUUUUU